GGGCCAGUUUAAGUUAUUUGCUCAUAUCAAAAUGCGCUGCUUGAUUCUGAUAUUGUGUGCGGUGUCUUUGAAAGUCGAAGCUUCCGAUUGGUUGAACCGAACCGUUCGUGUCGAUUUGAUUGUCGACCAAUCAACCAUCAAUGUCAGAACCUUCGAUCCAAAGUUUGAUUCUCUCGUGCAAUCGGAGAACAUUUUGAACGCUGUGAAUGCCACAAAUGGCCAGUAUCCUUGGGUCAUUCGUACGACAGCUUGGUCAGAUCAAGGCGGUGGUUUCAGAUUUGGCACUCCGUGUGCGGGCACAAUCAUCAACAGCAAUUUCGUUCUCAGUGAUUUCCAUUGCAUCGGUCAGACCCUUAACCCUCCAGCCAAUUCGAUUGAAGCUCUAAUUGGAUUCGCUCAAUGGAAUUCAUCAAGUACAGCAACCCAUUUCGUACGAAGCUAUUGGUACAUCGAACCAUCGCCUGAAAAUCGUCCCAAUAUCGUGCUGUUCAGAAUGAACAGCACCAUUACGUUCAAUCCGAAUGUUCAUCCCAUUCGGUUGCCAUUUUAUCAAGACUUUGACUACGAAGGCUGGUCUUCCCUGAUGCUAGGUUUCCGAUCGCCCGAUGGACCGUCUACUCCUCACUUGCAGUCAAUGGAAGCCAGCAUUUUCAACAACAAUCAGUGUGACUUCGACAGUGACUUCGCCGACCAUGACAUCUGUGCUAUCGACAGCGGUGAGCUGUACCAAGGACCGAUAAGACGUUUUAACUCGUUCACCGGAGGAGCGUGGAUUGUGUACGAAUAUGCCGAUGCAGGUCUGGUGUUCGUUCCCAUUUUAGUCGGGAUUCAUCAAUUCCAGUACGCUAAUCAAACGGCAUCGUUCGGACGUGCGACCAGAGUCUCUCAUUUCGUGGAAUGGAUUGAAACACUUUCCGCGGAGAAUUAGUGUGCGCAGCUAAAAUAAAACUUUUUAUCUGAUGAAUAAACAGAAAUGUAUUUUUAA